UCUGGUCAUUCAGGCAGUAUAUAACGAUGAGUCGCGCGCCAAGCCUGAGGGGCAUAUUUAAAGUCUCUCCGAGAACUGUUCUGUCUUAUAUUGGCCGUUGCCACCGACGUUGAUACCUCUACAAUGUCGAACGUGUCUGUCGCAAGCCUACUGGCUCAGGAAGAAGUGGUUGACUUUCAGCAAAUAUACAUCAACAACUACUGCUAUCUCGCAGCUGCUGCCCUCAUCUUCUACGAGUACAUCGUGACUUUUUCUCAAGAGGUUCAUGUCAUCUGGGGAGCCAGGCUGACCACUGUCACGGUCAUCUUUGCUAUUAACCGUUAUAUGCUCAUGGUGGAAGGCAUUAGUUUGGCACUGAAUGUCGUCUGGUGGCAUACUCCACUGCUGCGAUGCUGUCAACAUAUUGAACAAGGUGACAAGUGUUGUUCUUCAGGCUGUGACAGCAAGCUUUUCCGCAUUCCGCACAUAUGCUAUUAGCGGACACCAGGUCGUCCCUGCAUUGCUGGUAUUGCUACUGGGGGUAGCUCAAGUCGGCGACAACGUCGUUGCAUAUACAGAAGUCCAAGACACGCUCGUCGAUUACAUAGGCAGCUAUCCUGUGUGUGACUAUAAAACCCUUACAUACGUC